UUCCACUUAUGUACUCCCCAUUUUUACAUCUAUAAAUAUAUUUUUUCGUAGAAUUCUAACCCAACCUUAAAAAAUAUAACUCACAUUUGUCUACCAAAAAAAAUAUAUAUAUAACUCACAUUUUACUUUCAUCAUCUUCAUAGUAUUAUACUGUCUGGGAUUUCUGAGUAUAAUUGUUAUGUCUCCUCCAGCAUUGAUCGUGUUAGAAGAUAGUUUAGCCCACAAAUGGAGCAACGACGAGUGGCAGGGUUUCAACGUUUAUUCAGGAGACCAAAACCCUAACCCUAACAUUAACUUCUUGGUGAAGAAGGCGGCUCCGCAGAAUCAGAUGAUGGUCUCCCGCCCAUCGGUGAACGAAGAAAGCUUCAGAAUGGUCUUGCCUCUGGCCAUGUCUCCGCCAAGAGACAACGCGGUGCCGCUUCCUGUUCUUCCCCAACCGAUGAUGAAACAACGGAAGAAGUUUAGCCACCAAGAAUCCAUGCUUUCUCUAAGAAAAACUAGGUAUCCCGAGAAAAACUUCUACCAAGAAGAAGAAGAAUUCAAGUGCAAUGCCUUCUGUUUAUCCCUCCCUGGGUUUGGGAAAAAACCUGUGAGAUCACCAAAAAGCGAGGAUUCAAUGAAGAAGAAAAUGAUCAAACCUUCAUCAUUCUCAGAUUCAACUGCAGUCUCCCUAAGCGCUUCCCUCGAGAAAUUCGAGUGUGGCUCAUGGGCUUCAGCGACAGCUCUAGCCCGCGAAAGCGGUCGAUUGUAUUUUGAUCUACCGGUGGAGAUGAUAAGAUGUGGCGGUGGAGAUGUGCAAGAACCUGUGAGUUCGGGUUUCUUCUUUGACAAGGAAACAGGAAGUCUUGCUUUGAGAAGUGUCCUAAAGAAGAGCAGUUCUCUGUCGGGAAGACAGCUAGGUGGUUCGGCAGAGACAUCACCACAACGCCGUGUCAGAUUCUCGACCAUAAAUUCGGAUUCUUGCCCGGCUUCGCCACGAUCUUGUAUAACCCCAAGACUGUUGAAAGCUAGAGAUGACUUCAAUACGUUCUUAGCGGCACAGAACGCGUGAAAACACACCAAAAGAAUAUUUCUCAGCUCUCACUAAUUAAGACAUUACAAUAAUAUACAUUCGUAUCUACGAAUGCUCGGUCUGUAUAUAUCAGUGGUGAGAUCAUGUAUUCAUGUUCAUCUUCUUUUUAGAUUCGAGGCUCCUCUACGUUACAAAAUCGAUGAAAGACAUUGAGCAUUUGAAAAAUAUGCUCUGCUUUGAUUUCCUCUGUUUUUUUUCUUCAUAAUGCUCCUUUUUUUACGAA